AAUUAUAAUUAGUAAAUAUUUUUAAAAUUUAGUGGGUUAUCGCGGAUCAAAGGACUAUAUGAUGUCGUAUCUUGGGUAGAAACUUAUCAUGUAUUUGAUGGAAACUAUUAUUGUAAGCAUCUAAGGCAUAAGGUUAUGUAAAGAAGUUAAGGAUAUGCACUCAAGCCAUAAGGUUAUGUAAAGAAGUUAAGGAUAUGCACUCUUGAAAUAUGAAAAUAAAAGUAUCAGCCCGUUCGAUGCUUGUUCUUUUUUUAAUCCGACAAAGACACUUUAAAAGAAAAGGGGAAGAUUUGAUGCAAGCCAUUGAGUAUUGAAUUUAGGAUUUUAAUUUAUGUGAUGAGAAGUUUUAAGAUUAGUUAUUACAGAUUCUGAGGUGAUGAACAUUUUCAUUUUUUCUUUUAAAUUUUUGUAGGAUGAUAUAUAUGGUAAUUUAGAAACAAAGAGAGAUGAGAAAUUGGAUUUUGAAAUUAUGUUAAAUUAAUUUAAUGUGCUUAGAAUUAUGAUGAUGCAAAUAACUUCUUAUUUAUUUAUUUUAACCUCUUAAAGUAGAGUAUGAUGUAUUAUGUGGACUGGGUUAUAUGGGAUGUUGGCAUGAGCUUGGACCCACUUGUAAUUUAACCUAUAUAAGCUGUACUCUUCUUCUGGAUUGUUCAAUACACAUCUUUCUUCUCAGCUCACACUUGUGUCUUGACAGACUUGUUUUAGUAAAAUUUGAAGCAUCUCCAGCAUUGAGUGGAUCGAUAGAGAUAAAUAUCACCACCACAUGUAUGUACACAUGCAUUUGCAUAAGGAAAAUGACAAUACAAGAGCAUUCAGCUGUAGAUCAUCGAAGGCAUUUUACUGGUAAUUCUCUUACUUCUGAUUAGUUUUACAGACACUUUUGCACUGAGAGAUCCAUCAGCAUAUCAAGUUCUUGAAAAUAGGGCUUCCCGAGAGGCUUGCUUCCAGAGGAAGUGACAGACUACGAGUUAAAGCAAGGAACAGGUGAAUUUUCCUCUCAUCUUCACAGAACUUGUUAAGUUUUCAACUGGAAAGCACUAGGUGAGAUACAGGACUAAUCAGGGGUCUAAUAUCUGGAGGCAGGUGAAAACAAUAAUUGUGAAGCAAAUUUUUUAAUCUUUAAUAAAAUAGAACUCCCUUUUAGUUGGAAAAGUUCUAUCAGAAGUAGAGAUAUUAGAGUAGGGAAAUUCGCAUCAGGUGUUUAAUAACAUCAGGUGUUUAUAUAUUUAAUAACAUCAGCACGCACAACUGUGCUUUUUUCUUUUUUAAUUAUACGGUAUUGGAUUUAAAAAUCCAAAAUUCAGCUGAUUACAAGGUUCAUAAUUCAAAACCUAAGCUAAACCAAGACUAAUCCACCCAGCUCAGCCCAAAAACCACAACACCACCUUCCAAAAACUGCCCCUCCACUCCUCCAUCGCCGAUGUCACCGAACAAAGGACAAGGAAGAUAAUGAACCAUAAACCGCUUCGUGCAUGUCGAAAAUAAAGAAUCUGAACAGCAAAGCAACAACAUAGGGAGCCCAAUAUUCAGAAAGCCAAGCGCAAUAAACACAACAAAUAGCAAAGUCAGGGAAGGUAGUACAUAGAGAGAAAGCAUAAAGAAACUCCAUCUAAAUUUCACCGAGCACAAGUGCACAACCACCCAACUGAAAAUAGAGGCAAUAAAACGAUGCAAUGGUUACCCUCUGGUACCAGGACUCAAUCAAUCCCGCAACGCUUUUAAUUUCAAUCGGUCAGAGAUGAGAUCCAAUACCAUGCAAUCAGAGAACUCCAUUCCUCACCAAAAUUUCACACCAAAGAACCCCAACAAUCACAAAACCAAAAGAAAAACACUCAACCAAAAACAGUAAAACCGAGUACCUGAUGGGUAGGGGAACCAAAAUCAGUAGACGCUCUUCUCUGUUUCUGUCGCUUCCUCUCUGGAAUAGAAAAUGAUUCAAAGAGAUUGUAUGAGGUUUACACAACUGUUGUUUUGGAAAAUCUUACAGCGAGUCGAGACAAGCAUUGUCCCUUAUCAGUUGGCUCAUUAAUAGGCCUCUUAAAAACUAAUUUAAUUGGCUCUUGACUUGGUAGUUGUGAACGGAGCAUUAUGUUUAAACGUAUGUCUCUGGUAGUCAGAUUCAUGGACCACGCACCUUUACUGAACCAAACAGCACUGCUCUUCUCUGUCUUUAUAUGGACCCAAUAGUCGCUUACUUUGAUCAAUUCCAUCCACUCACUUUGACAUGGGUUUGCUUCCGCUUCCAAAAUCUUUACCUUCAAUAGCUCUUUUAUGGGUAAUUUCUUUACUUCUUAUGAUUUCUUCUACAACCCCUUUUGCCUCCGGUGGUGUUGAUGCUGAUGAUGAUGAUGAUGGCAAGCUAUCAGCAUAUGAAGUUCUUGCAAAUUACGAUUUCCCAAUCGGUAUUCUCCCAGUAGGAGUAACUGGGUACGAGCUAAACAGAGAAACAGGUGAGUUCUCAGCCUAUUUGAAUGGAACUUGUAAAUAUGAUAUCGAAUCAUACACUCUGGAGUACAAGCCAACGAUUACGGGUGUGAUCUCCAAAGGCAGGCUCAGUAAAUUGAAGGGUGUUAGAGUUCACGUUCUUUUUUUCUGGCUAAAUAUCGUGGAAGUGACCAGGGAUGGCGAUGACCUUUAUUUCUCUGUUGGGAUUGCUUCAGCCAGCUUUUCAAUUGACAACUUUGAGGAGUGUCCACAGUGUGGAUGUGGGUUUGAUUGUAACAAGUUGAAGCAUGGUCUUGUUUCUUCUUCUUAGUUAAUGAGAUGAGAUUUGUGUUUCUGAUUAGAAAGAGCUCGGAUUUGCGAGCUGAGCUUUUAGGAAUUAUAUGCAGCCGCUGUAUAGCGUUCUCCGUUAGAUGAAAUGAAUUUCUAGCUUCAAUUGCUACAACCAAAAUUUAAAUAAUUGAAUGGUUGAUAUGAAGGUACUUCAUUUUGUCAUUUUCUGCUCUGUUUUGACGCUAGAUACAGGGAGUAGAUAAAUUGGAUCCGAUUCGAAAGGUGAGAAUUUUAGAAUUUGCAAAAGUGAAAAAAAAAAAUCAAUUGAAAGAAAUUUCUGGAAAUUAUUUUAUACCCAUUUGCUUAAUUAUGUGAAAUUAAACCCUAGAAAAUGGAUGGCAUAUUCCAAUGUGUCCCAAUUCCACCAACUUUGCACGUGAAAUGCUUCAAUUUCCACAUCCUUUGCUCUUGCAUUUGCUAGUCUACAACUAACAGUCAAAACUCCAUCUGCUCUACAUAAGAAUCGAGAACGAAGAAAGCACAUGGGUUUCCACUCCCCAUCAAAACCCAUCUCCUCUAUGGCCUUCCUCUGCGCAAUUCUCCUCUUUAUUCUCUCAUCGUCAAUCCAUUCGGUGUCCGGAACCACCAAUUUAACAGCCUACGAAGUUCUCCAAGAAUACGAUUUCCCGAUUGGCCUCCUUCCAAAAGGAGUAACAAGCUAUGAAUUAGACAGCUCAACAGGUAAGUUCUCGGUUUAUCUCAACGCAACUUGCACAUUCACAAUUGAUUCUUAUGAGCUUAAGUACAAAUCUACUAUCACGGGUGUGAUAAAGAAAGACGAGCUUUCUAGCUUGAGCGGUAUCCAAGUUAAGGUCCUGUUUCUCUGGCUGAGUAUCACAGAAGUGAUCCGCGAUAACGAUGAGCUUGAAUUCUCGGUGGGGAUCGCUUCUGCGAAUUUUCCGGUGAGUAAUUUCUACGAGUGCCCCACUUGUGGAUGUGGAUUUGAUUGUGACGAUGGGAAUUUCAGAAAGAUCGAUAUGGAUCGGGUUGUGUAUUCUUCUUGAUUAGGUAAUCUAUGUUCUGCAUCUUGUGAUUGUUGAUAAAUUGUGUUUGCAUUAGGUAUUUGUAAGCACAAAUAAAAAUUUGUAAUCGAUCGCUUUGCUAAUUUUCUUUGUUUUGCAAA